AAAUUCCGACAUAGCCAUUCUCCUUCAUCGGCUCCUUGAGUUCUUUAUUUCUUAGCCGAUUAAUUUCUAGACAUGACAGUUUCUCACACUAUGUCUGUCGAAAAAUUGGCAAGAAAGUUCCGAGAAUUCUUAAAGAAUGCACUAACGUUCAUAGUAUUUCUGUUAUUGGAUUUUCUUGAUGCAAUUCUCUGUGUAGUUUAUAAAUGUCUCGAUAAGUUUCUUGAAGGAAAGUCCUCUCCGUGUCAUUGCGGAAACAAAGAUUCGUCGAUUACGGAUGAAGAACACGACGUGCUAUCGGAUUCUUUUUUCGGAAGGAGCAACGUUUUUCGCAAAUUCGGUUCUUUCGUAUUUCGAAGAAAAUGGAGGAAUCAUAAAACUGAUGAGAAACUUUACGAUGGUGAAGUGAAAAAUAAGUGGUCUGAUUGCAGUUGCGAAACUUGUCUCUCUUGGUUGAAAGAUGGCGGCGAGAGGCUUCAUGUUGUCGUUAAAGAUCCUUCUGAAGUGAGCAGUGACCAGAUCGGAGAUGAUCAAAAUGUGAUAUUCAUACAUGGAUUCUUGUGUUCAUCUUCAUUCUGGACAGAAACAGUUUUUAAAAAUCUUUCGGAAACUGCGAAUCGGACUUAUAGAUUGUUUGCGAUCGAUGUUUUGGGAUUAGGAAAAAGCCCUAAGCCAUUGGAUUGUCAAUAUACUUUGAAGGAUCACUUGGAAAUGAUUGAUAAAUCUGUGAUUAAUCCGUAUGAAUUGAAAUCUUUUCAUUUGGUAGCACAUUCUAUGGGAUGUCCAAUAGCUUUAGCUCUGGCUGCUAAGUACUCCAAAUCCGUAAAAUCACUCACUCUCGUUGCUCCGGCAAUUUUCUCUUGCGGUAAAGAUGAAAGCAGUGUAGAAAUUCUAAAAGUAAUUGCAAAGAAGAAAUUAUGGCCAGCUGAAUCAUUUCAGAGAUCAGUUAUGGCAUGGUAUGAACACAUAGGAAGAAGUGUUUGUUUUCUGGUUUGCCGACACCAUCGAACGUGGGAGAGGCUCAUCAUGCGACACACUAAGCAGAGUGAUGUGAGUUUUGCUGUAAAAGACAUGACCAAGCACACACACCAUUCUUCGUGGCAUAACGUGCACAAUGUGAUCUGCGGAGGAGCAAAAUUCAUGGACGGAUACCUAGAAAUUUUGAAAAAUGCCGGAGUUAAAAUUAACAUUGUCCACGGUGACCGUGACAACACGAUUCCGACGGAGUGCAGCUACGAUAUCAAGAGAAAAGUUGGCCAUGCAGAGCUGAGUAUUAUACGUAAUGGCACCCAUAGUUCUGUGAUCUUCCGUAGAAAGAAGGAAUUUACUCAGAAUUUGGAGACUUUUUGGGCAUCAACUGCUGAAGAAAAAUCUUCUAUUUGAUAUUGUUAUCUUUAUUAAUUAUAAGUAUAGUACAGAUGUCAAGUUAUAAAUAAUUUCAUUCUGAUGAGCAUGUAGGAGUAUUAAUUAGUUGCUUAUGUAACGAAUGCAAGUCAAUUAUAUGGUCCAAAAGCUAGAUGUUAAAAUAGAAAAUAUUGCUGUCGGGUGGUGGUAUGACGUGCAAUGGCUGUAUAUAUAUUUUGAUCAUACAAAAUGUUUGGAAAGGUUAUUUUCAAUUUGUAA